CCUAGGAGAUCCGUUUCAUUUUAUGCCAAAUAUUAUAAUUGUACGGAGCCAAAUUUCACCUAGACGGCGGGGUUGUAUUGUGUGGGUGAGGGAUAGGAUAAGAUCGAGAAGAGAGUGAGCGAAUGAGCGUGAAAGGGACGGAAGCAUGGCGGCCUCAAUUUCAUCAUCGGCUGCUGCUGCCGCUAUGAUUAUCCAUCAUCAUCGGCUAAUACCUUCUUCUUCUUCUUCGUCUUGUUCAUUGAGGUGCGCGAAGCUCAAAACAGAGUUUUGGGGGGGAAGGUGCGGCGGCCCCUCAUCGAUCGAUCGAGAUGAUACCAGAAUAAGUUGCUGGUUCAGAUUCGGCGGCGGCGGAAAAAGUAGCAGGAGGCAGUCGCGAGACGACUUUGAUCGAGAUGAUGUUGAACAGUACUUCAACUAUAUGGGCAUGCUAGCCGUGGAGGGGUCUUAUGACAAGAUGGAGGCUCUGUUGAAGCAGGAUAUCCACCCCGUCGAUGUUUUGCUACUUCUGGCUGCUUCAGAGGGAGACCAGCCCAAAGUCCAAGAGCUACUCACAGCCGGCGCCGAUUACACCGUCAAAGAUGCUGAUGGCCGCACCGCGCUUGAUAGGGCCGCUGUUCAUCAGGAUCUCAAACCCUUCAUGCUCAAUCUUUCACUCCCCAACCCACCUACUUAACAAUGUAUGUAUAUUUCAUUGCUGCGCGCUACCUGUAUCAAAUCAUAAUCAAUACAUCUUGCAUUUCCCUUUAUAUGCAUGCAUGAUCUCUGUUAGCCACAUAUCACAAUAUGUACGUCGCCACAAUCUACUACAUUAUCCCAAACUUCUAUGUAGUGGUGCAUCAUAUUUCACAUUAAGCACGUGUUUAUUUAGUCUACUUUCCCUCCCAACCAUAUCAGAACAAACCGGUUAGAUCAAACUUUAACAGUUGUAUAAUGUACAUAUAUCAUACAUUAUAGAUAGAUGGGGCACCUCACCCACAUUGAGGAUACAUGAUGGAUAGUAUGUAUGUCCUAGAGACGGUCACUAUUUAUGUCACGUCCUGGAUCUACUCGGACAUGUCAACAACCACCGUACAAUCCGAAUAGUCAACCAUAGUCCAACAUAUUCCGCCGUACAAUCCGAAACGAAGGAAGCACGAACCAAGUCUUCCCUCCUAGAUCCUCCCGAAGUAACGAGCACUGGUAGCAAGCUCAAAUUCUACCUGAAACUGUGAGGUGGCCUCCCCUGCGAAGAAGAGAUCAGUACUUUGAAGCAUUUGAAAAGUACAAUGACAACUAUACUUAACAUAAUCAAUGUUUCAAAUCCUAAGACCCUCAAAUAGAGUGAUACCCUGACAUAAAUGAGAAUUCAUCUUUUACCCCUUAUUAUCUUUAUAAUAAGUUAACUAUUAAUUUGUCGGCACGCGGGCCCCUAACAUUUUAUUCCACUCAUCGUUCGUACGAUACAACCCGUAUGUCUCAUCAAUCAUACGGGACUUGUCAUCGCUGUCGGAGGCUUUAUCGGGCCGGUGCCCAACAUCCGGCCUAGGGAUGGACUGGGCCGGGCCGAACCGGCCCGGAACCGGACCGGCCCGCUACUGUGCGGGCCCGGACCGGACCGGGCCCGGUUGGCCGGUUCCGGGCUUUUAGCCCGUGUUGGCGGGUCGGGCGGGCCGGUUCCGGGUCCUAUUUUUGUUGAACCGGCCCGGGCGGUUCGGGCUGG